UCUUUUCACAGACUAUUGUCCAAAAUACACUUCACCUGAAGCAUGCCAACAGGCAACAACAUCGGAUAUAACUUGUUUUUGGUGUGAUAAAGCGAAGCUAUGCAUUGAUAGUACUGACAAGGAUGCUCAUAACAUGAAAGUUACUAAGUGCCGUGUUAAGCAUAACCCAGAAGUGAACGAGUUGAGUACACAAACACCUACCAAACACAUUGAAACAACAUCAAGCGCUGGUGAAUUUCCGGUUACAGAAAGCCCCAAGGAAACUACAGAAGAAACUGAUCAACACUCGAACACGACUACUGAAGAGAAUGUAGAGAAGAAAUCACUCCCGUACUUGUAUAUCGUGAUUCCU